UUCCCACCGAGGAUGCAUUCCCACGCCACUCCCGACGGCAGAGCUGUCCCUCAUUUUCCCAGGUCUCACCUUACUGAAGCAGUUGCCAAAGCCAAGGCAGGGGGAGGUGGUGGUGGAAGCACUGGUGGAAGUGGAAGAGGUCUUGUGGGACAGAUUAUCCCUAUCUAUGGAUUCGGCAUCUUCUUAUAUAUUCUGUACAUAUUAUUUAAGCUGGCUUCCAAAGGAAGAACGACUCCUGCAGAACGGAAAUGCCCCACUGCUACACCUGGGAACACCAAGAGGAAGAUCACUGACUAUGAGCUUGCUCAGCUCCAAGAAAGACUGAGAGAGACAGAAGAAGCCAUGGAAAAAUUAAUCAACAGAGUAGGACCUAUGUAUGACAGCAGGACUCAGAAUGUUACAACAGACCAGGAAAAAAUGUUACUUCAACAACUCAGAGAAAUCACUAGAGUUAUGAAAGAAGGAAAAUACGUAGAUGACAUCUCUCCUGAGAAGGAAGCUGAGGAAGCUCCUUACAUGUCAGACUGGGAAGGUUAUCCAGAAGAGACCUAUCCUGUGUACGAUAAUUCUGAUUGCUUCAAGCGCAAACAGGACACAAUCCUUGUGGAUUACCCUGACCUGAGCCAGCCCUCUCCAGAAGAGCUGGCAGAAAGAAUGGAGGGCAUGGAAGAUGAGGAGUAUCCUUAUGAUGAAACCCUGCUAAAUGAUCUCACCUUGGGAAUGGGUGGUCAGGAUUUAAUGCAGAAAAAGGAUGAUGUAACUCUCUCCAAGGAGGAGAAGCAAGACCUUCCUCCCAGCCAGAGCACUGGGGAGUGCUGCUGCUGCUGUGAUGAUGAUCCUGCUGUCAUAGCAGAGAAUGCUGGAUUCCACUCUGAGAGCUGCAGUGAAGUAGAAGAGACAAGCCAAGAGGACCUGUCUGUGGAGUCAGAAAAUGAAAAUGCAGCUCUGGAAAAGCAAAGAGUCAGUGCUUCAGAGGAGACAGGCACACUGAGAAAGCGCAACACCAAAGUACUUGACUGAUAGGGACAACAGUGGAUGCUAUCUGGAUGGUAAAGGUAGAGGUCAUAAACUGUCCUCCGUGUGGGUUUUGUUCCCAGUGAGGACUUCUCUGUGUUCGUCUCCUUGUACCUAUUGCAUUCUUGUGGUUCCAGGCACAUCUGUCUGAACUGGGAGCCAAUGCCCUCUUUUGUGCACGCAUCACGGUUACCAUGAUGCUGUCAGCAGUGCUUUGUCCUUGGGUUUUGAAGCCUUGUAUUUUGGAGCAGAUAUUUGUGGCUCAUUCCUUUUCAAUUCUGAAGGAGCCAUCCUUGGUUUUGCCCUUUGUCAUCCCAGAGUUAACCAAAUGUCUCUUCUGACUUUUUCCAAAACAUCUGUGCUACCAGUUAGGAGAGUUAAUAAAAUCCUUAUAUACACAUGAGUUUACUGGGAUGCUGAAGGACAAAAUAUGCCUUCUUUCUCUUAGCUCAAUGUUAAGUGGUCAGCAGAGCAAAUCAUAGUCACAUACAUGACUCUCUCAACUCUGUCAUUGCUCUCUAUGCUUGAGAAGCUGCUGUCACUACAAUCCACAAAGUUCCUGUGCUACCCCACAGCCCCUGUCCCAGUUAUUCUGUGUUGCUGGAAUGGUAGCCUAAUUCAUGUUGUGUAACUUGUGUGAGCAAGACUGAAGCUCUGUGAGUUGUGCUUUAACUUUGCCUUAGCCCUGAUAAUUGCAGGAAGUGGACCACAAUGUGUGAGAGCACUAAAAAUAUCCCUAGAGAUUAAAACCAAAAAAGCAGUGUUAAGGUUUGUCUGUAAAGGAGAGAACAGCAUGAGGGGGACCCUCAGACUGAAGGUAGCUGCUAGGCUUUUCCUUCUUCCUGGAAACCUGUGGGGGUUUUAUGCUCUUGGAAUGUUGUUGCUAGAGUCUUGUUGAGGCAACCCCAGGUGUGGCAUGAGGAGGUUGCCAGAGCCAAGGGCUCCUGAUGGGAGGUGGCAGGUGGUCUCUGUCCCCAAGGGACAGCUUUUCUUGUAAAAGCAGCAUGGAGGAAAGGGUCCCUCAUCCCCCAUGACCCUCCUGCUUCUCCCAUAUCUGGGCACUUUUCAGGCUUGCCAUAACCCGUGUGUUGGGCCACCCUCAUGGCCCUGUGACAGCGACCAUUUGUGAUGUCACCAGUGCCCUGAGUGCUCUGGCACCAUAGCAGCAGGGCCCUCUGCAGUGCCCCCCUGCUCUGAGGCCCUUGAGGAAGGUGUGGAAGGAAGCAGAGGCCGAGCAGUGAGGUGGAUGGCAGCCCACCUUUGUAAGGGACAGCAGCAGGGCCCCUUCCAGUGAUGGCCGGAGAGGAAGGCAUGUGCCAGGAGGAGGCUGCGGAAGAGGAGGAGCAGAAUCACCCCUCUGCCAUGAGUGCCACCACCCUCAGUUCCCU